AUGGCGGCCGAGAAGCUCGUCACCUCCGUGGACUUCGAGGACGACACGAUCACCGCCACCGUCACGUCCUCCGGCGACGCCGUCAAGGCCUGGCUCCGCCAGAUCCGCUACGUCUACCGCUGGGUCUACCACAAGCUCAUCGUGGGGCUGGACGUCGAGUGGCGCCCCAGCUACGGCCGCGCGCAGAACCCCGUCGCGCUCCUGCAGCUCUGCGUCGGCCGCCGCUGCCUCGUCUUCCAGCUCCUCCACGCCGACUUCGUCCCGCCGGCCCUCCACCGCUUCCUCGCCAACCCGGACUUCCGAUUCGUCGGCGUCGGCGUGCAGGACGACGGCGGCCGCCUCAGCGACGACUACGGCCUCGAGGUCGCCAACGCCGUCGACCUGCGCGACCUCGCGGCCGACGAGAUGCGCAGGCCGUGGCUCCGCCAGGCCGGGCUCAAGGACGUCGCGGGCGUCGUCAUGGGGGCCAACCUCCAAAAGCCGCGUAGGGUCACGAUGGGGCCGUGGGACGCCUGCCGCCUCUCCCAAGAGCAGAUCCAGUACGCCUGCAUCGACGCCUUCGUCUCCUUCGAGGUCGGCCGGAAGCUCCUCACAGGCGACUACUCCUCCGACGAAGAGGAGAACUACUGA